AUGGCUGAAUAUACGGCAUCGUGCUUCUUUCCACGGCCCCCCGCCGAUCAUAAGCUUGCAUAUACCAAGAUCCUACGCUAUCCAGUGUUCCGCCUGAGGUCGUCCAGAGGAGUGACGCCUUUGACAGCUUAUAUCCAACUCGCAUGGACAAUUCUCAUCGGUAAACUCACGGAUGCCACAGAUGUUGAGUUUGGACUCACUCUGAGGAGAUCCAAUGGCGGUUCACAGAACGUUUCCUUUCGCUUUCACAUCAGUGAGGAUGAGAAAGUCGAACAGGCUUUAGCUUCGAUACAGACUUCCACCUUCCGCUCUUCUGAAAAUGCCCGUAGUGACUUCCAUUUCCACUUGAAUAUUGAGGAGAAAUGGAACGAUGAAAACGAGCCGUGCUAUCCUCCACCAUCAGGGGUAUGUUCCCUGGUUGUGACAUGCUGCAUUCAUGGUGGAUUAUCGGCGAAGGACAUGCCAGAUCUACAAUUCAUUGUGCACUAUGACACCAGGAUCAUGGAAACAGUCGAGGUGUUGCGCAUGCUGCACCAGCUCAAGCAUAUAUUAUAUCAGCUACCGGAAGCGCUGCAGACCAGAUUACGGGAACUUGAUCUUGUUAGCCCUGAGGAUUGGCUGACGUUGAGGAACUGGAACGCAAAAUUACCUAGGGCAAGCAAAGUCACCUUGCACGAGCUGGCACUUUAUCAUGGGGGCUCCCAGCCCGCCAUCGCCGCCUGGGAUGGCAGCAUGACUUACCACCAGUUGAACCGAGCAUCCCUCGGCGUGGCUCAGCAUCUCCUACACUGUGGGGUUUGUCCAGGAAUGUUCAUCCCCUUCUGCUUGGAGAAGUCCAAGUGGUCCGUGUUGACCAUUCUGGCCAUCCUUCGUGUUGGGGGCAUCUGGGUACCUAUCGAUCCCAACACCCCGAUCGGCCGCGCUCGCGAGAUGAUCGAGGGCAUGGGAGCUCAAUUCGUGGUAGCCUCGGCCGCUCAACGUCACAAGAUGGAGCAGCUGGGCCCGCGUUUACUGGUGGUGUCCGACAGCAUGGCUUCCACGGAUGCCGCCAAUUGCAUUCCUCUUCCUGAGGUGCAUCCAGAAGACCUAGCCAUGGUGCUGUUUACUUCUGGGACAACCGGUCGUCCAAAGGGCAUGCAAGUCCAUCACGAAAAUAUUGGGACGGCCGCAUUGGCCAUCCUUGACAUGUUGAAUAUCGAUUCCACUACCCGUGCACUACAUUUUGCCUCAUACAGCUUUGAUCUGGCUAUGUACGAGAUGAUCUGUACGCUCCACCGCGGUGCCUGUCUCUGCAUUCCUUCUGAAUCCGAACGACUCGAUGACGUGACAGGUUUCAUGCGGGAGCAGAAGAUCAGUUGGGCCGCAUUCACUCCAUCCUCUUUCUCUCUUCUUCGCCCAGGUGACCUCCCAGACUUGCGCACAGUGGCUCUUGCUGGUGAAGCAAUUCCACCAAGCCUUGUACAGGCAUGGACACCACACGUGCAGUUGGUCAACGUGUAUGGACCCACAGAGUCCUCCGUUUGCAGUGCCGGACCAAUUCCUCAGCACAGGUGGCGCGCAGGCACCAUUGGGCCUAUGCUGGGAGGAAUAGGAUGGAUCACAGACCCGACAGACACCGAAAAGUUAGUCCCAAUAGGUGCUAUUGGGGAGUUGCUAGUUGAAGGCCCUGGAAUAACAGGAGGUUAUCUUAACCGACCUUCCUCUCUCUCUAUAGAUGCCUUCAUUGAUGCUCCCUCUUGGCUCCAUCACUUCCGUUCGUCCCCUAGUUCUGCCCAGAUUCCAGGACGUCUUUAUCGCACGGGCGACUUGGUCCGAUAUACGAGCCUUGGAUGGAUCCAGUUUGUUGGGCGGCAGGACACACAGAUCAAGAUCCGAGGACAGCGAGUAGAACUAGGGGAAGUGGAACACCGCGUCCAAGAGGCGUUUCCCAGUGCUCUCCACGUCGUGGUCGAAUCUGUAAACCCGUCUGCAGGUCGAAAGUCACCCAUCCUCGUGGCGUUCAUUCUCAUACAGCAGAACGAUACACUGUUGGAAGCAGAGUCCACUCUGCUCUGCGAGCAUAGUAGCGAGUUCGAAGCGCAAGUAAUGACAGCAUCAACAAGAUUGCAAGAAUCUCUGCCCGUGUACAUGAUCCCAUCCUUGUUUGUUCCCAUCAGAUACCUUCCUCGGACGAUCACGGCGAAAACAGACCGCGCUCAGCUGCGGCAAUUGGUGAUUAAUCGCCCAUGGCGCGAGCUACAAAGAUAUCGACCCGCACCUCCGUGUCGGUGUGACAGACAGGCUGCAUCCUCCCUUACAGAAAGUAAAGAGUUGCAGAUCAUAGUGUCGCUGGUGGCAGACGUACUAACGUGCGACAUCGAGGACAUCCGGACAGAGGACAGUUUCCUAUCACUAGGUGGCGAUUCGCUAUCCGCCAUGGAACUAGUGGGAUUGGCACGAAAGGCUGGUCUAACUCUGUCGGUUUUGAGCGUCCUUCGGACUCAAUCACUCCAGGAGCUAUCCAACUCUUCCGCAGCGCUUCAGCAAUCUCUGACCGACGGUCCCACCGGACAGGCCUUCUCGCAACUUCGAGUUGACGACCCCAAGACAUUCCUUGCGCAUCUAGUCUCACGGCUGUCUCCCCAGACUGCCAUAAUUGAAGACAUCGAGGAUGUUCUUCCGGCAACGCCACGGCAGGAGUACUUGUCCGACUUCCCCUGUGAGUAUCUACUGCUCCAGCUACAAGGGUCUAUAAAUCAUGUCCAGCUCCAGCAAGCCUGCGAACGCCUAGUGCAUUACCACCCUAUCCUACGUACAGUCUUUGUCCGGUCAGAGGACAUAAUGCACCAGGUGGUACUACGGCAUCCGGCCGUGGCAUUGCACGUCCAAUCACCCAAAACGGAUACGAAGGAGGAUGUUAAUGCCAGCGCCCUGCAAUGGUGCCAAGCAGAUUCACUGCUCCCCGUCAGCCCUUCGAAGCUCCCAGUGCGCUUCGUGUUGGUUCAAGGAACCACCCAAGAUGACAACGUUUUGGUGCUGCGUUACAGCCGCCCGCCACCAGCCGUCUCAUUCCCCGCUUUCAUGUACCAUGCCCUGAGCCAGGACCGGACAGCCGAGUUCUCAUUCUGGCGACACGUACUUCAGAACGCCGAAAUGACCCAGCUCCCACCACCGACUAAUCCAGAUCCCAAUCCACAAAUCCUCUUGGCGCCCUUACCGUUGCCGACAAUCAAGCCCCCAGCAGGCAUUACAGCAGCGACAGUCGUCAAAGCAGCAUGGGCACUUGUACUAGCCGAGCAGACAGGCUUACAUGAAAUCGUCUUCACGCAGGUAGUCAGCGGCCGAUCUAUGCCCAUCACGGACAUCCAGAACGUAGUGGGUCCCUGUAACAGGAUCCUGCCGGUGCGCGUCUCCAUUGAUAGCUCGAGAGACAGUCUGCUGCAACAGAUUCACACCCAGCAUAUUGACAGCCUGCCUUUCCAGGGAGUAUACCUGCGCGACAUCAUUCAGCACUGCACCUCGUGGCCAGCCGAUACCACGAUGGGGUCUAUCGUCCUGCACCAGAAUAUCGAGUACCCGAAGUCUUUUGCUAUGGGGGAUCUCCAGUGCACGCCGUCAUACUUCAAUGCGCCGCCCCGCCAUAUGCCGGUCACAGUGGUUUCUAUGCCCCAGGAAACAGGCCAUCGGAUUUUCCUUACUUGCUCCAGCGAUUCUGCAACCCAAGUCUAUCUGGAUGCGCUGCGCGAGUCCAUGGGGCGCCAUAUGGCUGCCCUGCUGAAGCCGGAGGUGGAUCUUUGA